ACUUUCACGCCUCCUCUAGACCAAAUUCACAACAAACGCUGUUUCCUGAUGGGAUACGUGUAGGGUAGCUACUUUUUGGUCUCUUUCAUAUAUUAUUUUCUUCAGAUUGGCGAUACCGAUAUAAAUAUGAGUCAAAGGCAAGUUUUGCAAGUAUUUGAGCAGUACCAGAAGGCAAGAACACAGUUUGUACAGACUGUAGCAGAUCUUGCAACAAGACCACAAAAUAUUGAAACACUUCAAAAUGCUGGUGUAAUGUCCCUUUUGAGGCCUCUCCUUUUGGAUGCCGUCCCAACUAUUCAGCAGACAGCAGCUCUGGCUCUCGGAAGGCUUGCCAACUAUAACGAUGACCUGGCUGAGGCUGUAGUAAAGGGAGACAUUCUUCCUCAGCUUGUGUACUCCCUGGCUGAGCAAAACCGGUUUUACAAGAAAGCUGCUGCGUUCGUUCUUCGGGCUGUUGCUAAGCACUCCCCCGAGCUUGCCCAGGCCGUAGUGGACUGUGGCGCACUGGACGCUCUUGUCAUCUCCCUGGAGGAGUUUGACCCUGGGGUCAAAGAGGCUGCUGGUUGGGCACUGGGUUACAUCGCCAGACACAGUGCGCACUUGGCUCAGGCAGUAGUAGAUGCUGGGGUUGUGCCUCUCCUCGUGUUGUGUCUCCAGGAGCCUGAAAUUGCCCUAAAGAGGGUUGCCGCCUCUGCUUUGAGUGACAUAGCUAAGCACUCCCCUGAGCUGGCUCAAACUGUGGUGGACACGGGGGCCAUCCCUUACCUAGCGCAGAUGAUCCUAAACCCAGAUUCCAAACUGAAAAGGCAGGUUUUCUCAGCUCUCAGCCAAAUUGCCAAGCAUUCCGUGGACGUAGCAGAAAUGGUUGUGGAGGCCGACAUAUUUCCCGCCGCACUAAGUUGCCUGAAGGACCCAGACGAAUACGUUCGGAAGAACGUCACCACUCUUAUGCGAGAAAUCACAAAACACACCCCCGAGCUGUCCCAGAUAAUAGUGAAUUUCGGGGGCAUAGCAGCUGUGAUUGACUACCUUGGGGAUUCCAAAGGGCCUGUACGCCUCCCAGGGAUCAUGAUGCUGGGCUAUGUGGCUGCACAUACAGAGAACUUAGCCAUGGCUGUGAUUGUAUCUAAGGGUGUGCCACAGUUAGCUAUCUGCCUUGAAGAGGAACAUGAAGAUUAUAUCAAGGCAGCCACAGCUUGGGCAUUUGGCCAGAUCGGUCGUCACACACCUGAGCAUGCAAAAUCCGUUGCCGUGGCCAACGUGCUCCCCAAACUCCUACAUUUAUAUCUGGACCCUGAACGCUCGGAAGAUCUGCAAGUCAAGGCCAAGAAGGCUUUGAAGAGCAUCCUUCAGAAGUGCACUUAUCUGCCCGUACUAGAACCUCUUCUCUAUGACGCUCCCAGCAACAUUCUUAAACACGUCAUAUGUCAAUUCAGCAAGGUUCUUCCUCAUGACAGUAAGGCACGGCGCUUGUUUGUUACCAGUGGCGGUUUAAAGAAAGUACAGGAGAUAAAAGCAGAACCUGGAUCCGCUCUUCAGGAAUAUAUCAAUGCAAUUAACAACUGCUAUCCUGAGGAGAUUGUCAGGUACUACUCACCUGGUUAUUCUGAGGCCUUGCUGGAAAGGAUUGAUAACUACCAGCCAAUUUGAUCCUGUGAAAAAACAAUCAUUAAUCACAUCUGCAAAAGCUAUAUGAGCUAUAUAUAAACUUCAUCUAAAAAUCUUAUAAAUUGAUUUUUUAUGUCUCACCUGAUGUAUCCUGUAUCAUUAAAUAUAAUCAUACAUAUAAAAUGUAAUGACUCACCUUCUUACAUAAAUAUGUACUUAUAUUUAGUGAUGGUACAGGACAAUAAUAAUCUCAGUUUAUAUGGUUUAAGAACAACUCUACCUUGCUGCAUAAAAC